AUGGGGAGACUAUGCUUUCCCAAUUGUAGGCUUGGCAGAAUGAUGGGUUGGCUUCAGAUUGUAUUGGGAGGGCUUGUUAUAAUUGUAAGCAUAUCGAGUCUCAUUAGGUUCUACUCAGCCGGAUUUUUCUUGCGAAAUGAAGCCACAUGCAACCAAUUUUAUGGGGUGAAGGAUGUUUAUGAUGGUUUUGACAUAAAAGCUUUGUCAGAUCGAAUUGGGGAAGUGCUGAAUAAGAUGGAAAGUUUGCAAGAAAAGCUGGAAUUGAAAGUACAAGAAAUGGAGAAGAAUAAAGAGGUCUUGCUUAGAAAUAAUAUCACAAGAUUGGAGUAUAAGAAGUAUUUGGAAUUGGAGGUGAUUAGGCCUCUAUAUAAUGCUCACAUUGCUCUUAGACAGAUUCGUCUACCUAGGGUUGAAGGGCUUAGGAACUCCACAGUGAAGGAGGAGCCUUUGAUUAAUACUUUUCUCAUUGAGGAGAUUAAGAAGUACAUAACCCCAAAAGAGAAUAGACUUGGGAAGAUUAACAUAUAUGGAACAGAGAGGAUAUACAACACAAUUGGGCAUGCAUGUGUUUUAUUUAAGAAAGAAUUGGAAGAGUACAUGGAUUAUGACAUUGGUUCUUAUUGUGAUGAUGACUGGAACCUAGCUCAGAAGCUCAUGGUUAAUGGUUGCGAUCCUUUGCCCCGACGGCGGUGCUUGACACGGGCCUCGAAAGUUUACCAGAAGCCGUAUUCAAUCAAUGAGUCUCUAUGGAGAUUGCCAGAUGACAGAAAUGUAAGGUGGAGCAACUACCAAUGCAGGAACUUUGCGUGUUUAUCGAGCAAGAACCCGAAGCAGGGUUAUUCGAAGUGUGCUGGGUGUUUUGAAAUGGAAAAGGAAAAGCUAAAAUGGGUGACUAAUAGCUCACUUCCUGUAGAUUUUCUGAUAAAUGAUGUUUUGGCAAUCAAGCCUGGGGAGAUAAGGAUAGGUCUGGAUUUUGGUUUUGGUACAGGGAGCUUUGCUGCAAGGAUGAGAGAACAUGAUGUUACAAUUGUCUCAACUGCUUUAAACCUUGGGGCUCCUUUCAAUGAGAUUGUUGCACUUAGAGGCUUAAUCCCUCUGCAUGUGACAUUGAAUCAACGGCUUCCAUUCUUUGACAACACAAUGGAUUUGAUUCACACAACUGGGUUUAUGGAUGGCUGGAUUGACCUUCUGCUGAUGGAUUUUAUCCUGUUCGAUUGGGAUCGGAUUUUACGGCCGGGAGGGUUGCUAUGGAUUGACAGAUUCUUCUGCAAUAGAAAAGAUCUGGAUGACUACAUGUACAUGUUCCUGCAGUUCAGGUACAAGAAGCACAAGUGGGCUAUUGCUCCUAAAUCAAAGGAUGAGGUCUAUCUUUCUGCAUUGUUAGAGAAACCUCCAAGAGCUAUUUGA